CUUUCUCACCUAAUUUAGAUUUUUUUCUAAUCCAAGUGAAAAUGGAAAGUGACCAGUGCUUUUCCAAGCGCAUUUAUCUCUAUAAUAAACGUUUGUUGUUGUAUGAGAAGCCGUAUGAGUUGUGUAGUUGUAUCACCGACACGACGGGACAAAUGUGGUUGGUGACUGGCGAGUGACGAGUGCUCGAAGAAAUCAAAUCUGGUGAUCCAUAACUCAGCUUCUCAUCUCUUCUUCAAAGGUUUCUCUUGUUUUUUUUUUGUGGCCACGAGUCCAAGACAGAAACAAGACUUGAUGGCUUCGGAGAGGGAAGACUUCUACAUUUCCGGGCCCCUCCAUCUAAAUGCUUGUAACUGGUAAGCUAGAUCUUAAAGCCCGUUUGGUAAGCUUACUUUUAGACUUCUAAGCAUUGUCAACAAGAUUUUUACUAAACACCAACUUUUUGAUUUCAUGCAUUAAGUUGGGUAAUAAUAAUAAAAGGUAAGGUUGUAGGUGCUUUUCGGGUUGAAUUGGGUAAGUUCAGUGUUUUUCCAUUUUCUUUAUUUUAUUAAUAAUUUUGGCACUUUAGUAGAUUCAGUCAAUAUAGCAACUUCACAGACUUAUUCUUACUAUAGAGGCUUUUAAUCUGGUAUUGUUUUAAAUCAAUUACUUACAAACUUGAGGUUUUUUAUUAUCGCUAUGACACAUAGUUUUUGAGAUUGUGCAUGGUGCAGCCCAACAGAGCAAUCCCUAUCUGAUCCCCUCACUCCCUCUAAUCUGUGUUCUCUAGUAACUAUCCAUUAACUACAUAAAUGCAUUGUACUCACCAAUGAAUGAUCAUCUAGCAAUCUGAUAAGGUAAAACACAGUAAAUUCCCUCUCUGUUAUGGUCAUUUAGCAGCAAUCUACUAAGGUUUGCUUUUCAUUUUAUGAUAAACUCAUCACCUUAAAUAGCAUUUUCAUUCAUAGGUAGAUUGUGUUCUGAAAAUCCCCGCCCAGUACUAGAUUCCUCUUGCCUGACUGUUUUUUAGGUGACCACGCCGAAUUUGCCUAUUCCCAGUUUGGCCUUGCCUAGGCGCUGUUGAGAUUUAGGUUUCCUCCUAAAAGAUCUUAGUGAAGGAAUAUCUCUACGCCAUUUAUAUGGGUUGUACUUUUAGAUUUAGCCAAUGUGAGAUAACUUACUAAGCGCUAGAACCUAUUAUCCCCCGCCUAGUGUUUUUUAGAAGAUUGCUCAUUGUAUUUCUUUUUGCAAUAAGAAAAUGCAAAUGUGAGUCGUAGUCCUGAAACUUCUUACCAUUGUAGGGAUAACUUGGAGAAUAGGAGAUCUAUUGCUGCAUGUUUGGUUCAAGGCGUCUACAUUUUGGAGAGAGAUCGACAGGAGAAGCGGCAGGGGACUGAGGCUCUAGCUCCUCCAUGGUGGGAAUCCUUCCAAUUCAAGUUAUACCGCCAACUUGUUGACAAUGAAGAUUCCUCCAUCUUUGGAGCCGUUUAUGAGUACACAGGUGUUGCAUGCAAUAGCAACAAAAGAGUUACAUGCCACGUCAUCGCUUUCCGAGGGACCAUUACGAAGGGAGACGCAUUUUCCCGGGACCUAGAAUUGGAUAUCCACAUCAUAAAAAACGAACUCCAUUUCUCGUCUCGUUUUGAGACUGCCAUCCAAGCUGUGCGCAACAUGGUGGCAACUUUUGGAGGAUCAAAUGUAUGGUUGACCGGUCAUUCCCUUGGUUCUGCCAUGGCAAUGCUCGCGGGCAAGACCAUGGCGAAGACGGGUGUGUUUCUUGAAGCCUUUUUAUUUAACCCACCCUUCUUUUCAGCCCCAAUUGAGAGAAUUAAGGAUAAGACAGUCAAACAUGGGAUCCGAAUUGCAACCAGCGUUGUCACAGCCGGUCUUGCAUUUGCAGCGUCAGUCAAGAAGAGUAAUAACAACCGCGACAAGAAUGUGGCAAUAGACUCCUUUGCCGCAAUCUCCAAAUGGGUCCCGUGUCUGUUUGUGAAUCCAGGAGAUCACAUUUGCUCGGAGUAUAUUGGGUAUUUUGAACAUAGGAGAAAGAUGGAGGAGAUAGGGAUAGGGGCAAUAGAGAGAUUAGCAACGCAACACUCGCUCGGGGGUCUUUUUAUGAACUUUUUGGGGAAGGACUCCGAAGAACCACCAAUGCAUCUUAUUCCUUCAGCAGCUUUGACAGUUAACUUGACCCCCUCGCAAGACUUCAAAGAAGCUCAUGGAAUUCACCAAUGGUGGAGACCUGGAUUGUCCUUAGAUUCUAAAACCUACAUGUAUAGUUAAAAUGAUGUCUCUAUUUAUGAUUUUAUGUGGCUCUUGACACAUUAUUGUGGGUAUUAGCAUCCCAAACUCAAUUACUCCAUUAAAUUGCUGUGAUUCUUAUCUUUCCCUGUGAUUCUAAAUUUCUAAUAGCAUUCUCUGCUAUUCUUAUUGCUGU